GUGAUAUCUGAAUAUGUGAUAUCAAAUCACCUCUUUCUAUUUUUCAGUUAAAACAUACUGGACGGUUAUUUAUUACUUACAAAAAACACAAAUGAUUGCAAAUGUUUCGUUUAAAUGCCAUCGUUUAAGUGAUUAUUCGAGGUUUGAAGAACAUUUUGUACAUAGUUAAUUGAAACGAACCAGCACCAUAGAAACCACUCACAUCCGAAAGUAGAUGGAAGCCUACGAACUAGGAAAAUAUGAAAUAGUCAUACAGAAAUCGACACAAGUUGUUACUGAUGGAAUCUUGAUAUUGAAAAAGACAUUUGUUAGAUAUGAAGUAUUUACUACCAUUGCUGAUUCUAAUUAAAUGUCAUGAAAUUAAAGGUGUUUUGGAAUGGACGGUUGUUGGAAAAGUUACAGAUUAUGGACAAAACGUGACUUUAUUUUGCAAUGUUCCAAACUGCUGUCCCAAAGAUGCUGGAUGGGAUAGGUGGACUCCACAUCAACGCACACUGUUUAUAGAUGUCAAAACAGGACGACCUAAUAAAAAGUAUGAUGGAAAGGUUGAGAAAGAUGGAUACACCUUAAUUAUCCAAAACCUGACUAAAAACGAUCUUAAUGUGUCGUAUUCCUGCCUGUAUGGUGUAACAUUAGGUGAACAAAAAUAUUUACUCGCGGAGGAUGUUUUCAAAUACAUGAGUACUGCACAACCAAAUGUUAAUACUGGUAAUGAUAGGAUUUCUGAAGGUCAAGUUGCUGGUAUUAUAGUUGGAGUUGUCGUUCUAGUAGCAGUGGUACUGGCAGUUGGUCUGUUAGUUUUUCACUUUUAUACACAAAAGAAAAAAAGAAACAGUGGAGGUACAACGAAAAAUUACACAUAUGAAGGCGUGUCGACAACGGACGAAGAUUGCUUUCUUGAAGAACCUAUCGAUGUUGAUUGCAUAGAAGGUGAAGAUGCCAUAUUUACCUGUAAAGUACGUCCUGGGAGUCCACCUUUGAAAUGGCUGAAAGGCUGCGAUGAAAUAUCGAAAAAUGAAAAUUGUGAAAUAUACACUGAAAAUUCAAUAGACCACCUUAAACUCAAAAACACACAAACUAAAGACAGUGGCGAAUAUUGUGUUCAAGUUGGACAGUUUUCCAGAUUAGUACAGUUAAAAAUUACAGAAAAAGCAAAUAAAGACGAAAGAAAUAGUUAUAUGAAAGCGAUAGAAUUUGGAUCAGAGGUUAGAGAAUAUGUUAGAAUACAGGUUAUUGGCAAGGAUCGUGUUGGAAAAACGAGUCUUGUAUCCAGAUUACUUGGAUACGGAAGCCAUGAUGGUAAAAGCACUGAUGGAAUUGAAAUUAAUAGAAAAUGUCAAAUUAGAAAAAAAGACGGUGAAUGGAUAGUUGGGAAAGUUGACACAAAAAAGAAAGAUAUGAUAAGAAGGAUACUGCAUGCUUCUACCGUGAAACAAAAAGUACAAAACCGAGUUUCUGGUACGUCAACUCCGCAUACCAAACUACAGCCGAAAGAAAAUCUUUUGAAAAAGGAAAAGAAACCAAAUGUCCAAGAACCAAAUAAAUCUCAGGAUCACUUACCGACUACAGAAAAACAAGAACCAGUUCCGUCUGCGAGAACGAGGGCAGAAGGAUUAUAUGAACAACCGAAAAUCAUUGUUGAUACAAAUAUCACUUCAGUUGAUUCAAACAGCAAAUCAGAUGAAGACACUUUUAAAUCAAAUGAAGAAAGUACGAAAACAACUAAAAGGAAAGAAACAACAAAUCCUGAACAAAUGCCCGAAUCUUCUAUUAAGUCUCUUGACAAUAAAAAUCAUGUUAAUGCUGACAAUAUCACUGAAGCUAUUAUAGAAAAUAUGAAUGAAAUUCUUUCGGGUGCAAAGUUUGAAAAAGACAAAAUGACAUCAGAGGGUUUGGUAGAAUGUGGCAUAUGGGAUUUUGCUGGUCAAAAGGAUUAUUAUGCCACACAUCAGACAUUUUUUACUCCACAUGCUAUCUAUCUCCUGGUUGCAGAUAUUACGGAAGAUAUAAAAGAUAUCCAACAUGAUGAAAAUGCUGAUUUUGAUAAAAUUGGAGAAUACAUUGGGUUCUGGUUUGACAGUAUUCAUUGUUUUUGUACCAAUCCAUCAUCAAACAAGUUAUGUCCACCUGUGAUAAUGGUUUGCACUGGUAUUGACAAAGUUGAUAAGGUUGAAAAUAGAAAAAGGGAAUACGAUAAAAACUUUCGUCGAAUGUUUGAAGAACAAAAAAAGAUUAAUCACAGGAGAGGGAUCUACUUUAUUUCUAACAAAUACCCAGAUGAAAAAGAAAUUGAAAGCCUGAAAAAACAUAUUUGGCAAACUGCAACGGAGAUGAAUUAUUUUUCUGAGAAACGGCCUACAAGGUGGAUAAAUCUAGAAAAUGCCCUGGAGGUUUUAAAGGAUAUGGGGGAAACAGUUUAUUCAUGGAAGAAUACUGUGAAAUUAGCUGAAAAGAAUUCUAUAGAAGAAAAAGAACUGGUUCUUUUCCUGAAUUACCACCAUAAAAUUGGGAACAUAAUAUUUUUUGAUGAUAAACCUGAUUAUAUUAUUCUGCAGCCAAAUUGGUUAGUUAAGUGUUUCCGAUGUCUCGUAUGUGAUGAACAAAAAUAUAGCUCAGCAACGGGGACUGAAAUAUUCAAGCUUAAAGUUAGAGGAGAAUUAUCAGAAACACUACUUGAUGAGCUUUUUGAAAAAGAUACCGACUUAAAAUUUGGAGAAUAUAAACCUCAUAUUCUUGAUGUAAUGGAGAAGUUUGACAUUAUAGUAAAACCACACUUUUCAAAUAGUGACACUAAAUCAUAUUAUAUGCCAUGCAUGAUUGAAACCUCAUCUUCUCUAACAGAACUUAAGGAAAAGUGUUUUAAUGCACAAGGCCACUGUACACCUUGGUUGGUACUCGAAUUCGAAUUUCUUCCCGUUGCAUAUUAUAAUCAUAUAAUGUUUGAUUACAUUAGACAAUAUACAGUCUGUGAAGAAGAACGAGGACAUCCAACCAUUUACAAAGGGAAAGCAGUUGUCUAUUUAGAUGAAAAAGAUUCCAAACUGUUAAUUAUCUGCUUCUCAAAGAAUGCUAUAGCAUUACAGAUAUGGGAAUGGAAAUGGAGUGAUGCAAAUACUGAGCUAUAUGAAAAAAUUUUAAAAGAGCUUUGCGGCAAAAUUGAUAAAUUAGAGGAUCGAUUAAUCCACAAUUUACAUUAUAAAAUAAAGGCAAAAUGUAGUACUGGAGAUUAUUCUCAAAGUUGCGGUAGAAUCAGCUGUGAAGAACUAACUAGACAAUGUACAGAAGCAGAGGAAUACAACUGCAAAGAACAUAAGGGUGUAUGGCACAACAAGACCGAGAUUGAGAACACAUGGUUAAAACAUGCUCCUGCUAUUGAGUCUGAGAUGUUGGCGAAGAAGGAAAAACGAGCCAAAGAAAUAGAAGAACUAAGGAAUACAACAGAAAAAGAAGACAAUUCUGGACUUGAAACUGAGCAGGAAGAAGUUAUCCCAAAGAUUAUCAGAGUCUAUAAUGGAUAG